AUGGUGCGGCCUGCUAGACAUAAGAAACCAGUCAAUUACUCACAGUUUGAGGACUCCAAUAGUGAUGAUGAUUUUGUUUCUGCAACUGUACCUUCAAACAAGAGAUCCAGAACAACACCAAAGGAGUUAAAACAAGACAGAACAAAACCUAACUCAAAGAAUCUCCAGAAAGAAGACAUCUCACUGCAAGAGAAAACCCCUAAAAAAAGACUCCUUGAGGGUACUUUUAGUAUUCCAGCUAGUGCAGUGCCUUGAACACAGAUGGCUUUAGAUGACAAGCUCUACCAGAGAGACUUAGAAGUUGCACUGGCUUUAUCAGUGAAGGAACUCCCAACAGUCACCACUGAUGUGCAGAAGUCUCAAGAGAAAAGCAUUGAAAAACAUGGCAAUAGUAAAACAGAAACAAUGAAUAAGUCUCCUCAUAUCUCUAAUUGCAGUGUAGCCUGUGAUUAUUCAGAUUUGGAUAAGAUUACUGAGGAAGAUGAUGUUCGUGGUGUUCAAGGGAAAAGGACAGCAGCCUCUAAAGCUGCAGUACAACAGAGGAAGAUUCUUUUGGAAGACAGUGAUGGCGAUAGAGCUAAUGAUGUCGAAUCAGACUCUGCAACCAGCGAAGAUUCUGAGGAUGAUUCUGAUUUUGGUGAGAAUGAAGAUGAUGACAAAGAUUUCUCUAUGAGAAAAAGUAAAGUUAAAGAAAAUAAAAAGAAAGAAGUGAAGGUAAAAUCCCCAGUAGACAAGAAAGAGAAGAAAUCUAAAUCCAAAUGUAACGUUUUGGUGACUUCAGUGGACUCUGCUCCAGCUGCUGCCAAAUCAGAAUCUCAGUCCUCACCAAAAAAGGUUUCUCUUUCUUCUGAGGCUACUAGGAAACCAUUACAAAUAUGCAGCCCUUCAGCGGAAAACAGGAGACCUAAGUGGGUCCCACCAGCGGCAUCUGGAAGUAGCAGCAACAGCAGCAGCCCACUGGCAGGGGUGUCCGUUAAGUCUCCAAAUCAGAGCCUCCGUCUUGGUUUGUCCAGAUUAGCACGAGUUAGACCUUUGCAUCCAAAUGCCACUAGUAGCUGAGUGUAGUAGCAAAGAAAUGUUUGAUUGGGAGAAUCACAGUUUUACCAGCGUGUUUAUAUUUGAUUAGUGUUUGUAUUUUAGGAGGGCAUUGUAAAUAUAAAGAAAUUAUUUAACAUGUCAUAUAAAUGAUCUCUACUCAUUUUGUGAUUGUGUUCUCUGAAAAGUUAUUAAAUACUUAAGUAAGAGGUUUGCUUAUAAGAAUUAUCUUCUCAUACCAUUUCUUUCUGAAGAUACUCUAUUUUCCUUAUGUAUAAUAAGCCAUUGUCAUUAAGUGGUUGUCAGUUUGACAUGGAGGAAGUCCACAUCAAAUGCUGCUCUUUUCUGGUAACACGAUCUUUCUUUCUAGCUUCAGUGGAUGGCACCUUAACUUUAACUGUUCAGAGUUUAUCUAGCAAAGGGAAGCAUCCCCAUUUCUUUCAGGAGACGUUUCUGAAAUCUUAUAAGCUGCUUAAGCCAUAUUGUCAGUUUUAUUGCAAAGAUGUUUUGUAAUUCAGCCAAAUCUUUUUAAGUAAGUAUUCGGAAUUAUUUUACACAUUAAAAUGGUUUGUUGUACUAUGGCCUAUGUCUCCUAUUUAGAAAUGGAUGGUUAUCGUAUAGCAAAUAGAAUUUAAUGACAGUCUUUAUGAAGUCUUUAUUAUCAAAACCUUUAAUAAUAAUAAUAAAGUUUUGAAAUGCUCUUUUCAUUGAUCCACUUGUCUCUUAUUGUCUGUAUUUCAUGAUAAAAUGAGUUCUGCAAAGAAUGUUAGCCUUUUUGUUGUAAAUAUAAACAGGGGAAGCUGCUUUUUAAAAUAAUCACAUUAUGUUAGCCAGUACUGUAGAGAGUGGCUGUCAAAUACUAAGUCAUCCCUAUUAUGUUAUGAUAUUAGAUGACAGAGCUUUUUAGGAAGCUUAGAUCUGAAUUGUGAAUAAAAAUAGUGAUGAAUAUUUUAUGUUUAUGGUGAGAAUUUCAACCAGCUCCGGAUCAUCACUUUUUAAUAAAAAUUUUUAAAUCUUGUUAACUAUUAAAAAAAAUGUAUAAUACUUAUUUCUUCUAGCUUUAUGGAAACAUUUAUGAUAACAGGAAAAUAAGUAAUUUAGAAUUGUGAUUAAAGUGAGCAUUUGCUUA